AGGCAAGGGGGACGGCUAGAUAGAUCACCCCACUCUAUCUCCUGAUCUGUGGAAACAAUGGCUAGCGCUGCACCUCCACCAGCCGCUGUCUCGACCGCCACUGAGAACCCCAACAGCUCGACUGCUGGGGAGGGUGGCAAUCAGGACAGCACCUUCGAAUGUAACAUCUGCCUGGACACUUCCAAGGAUGCGGUGAUCAGUCUGUGUGGGCAUCUCUUUUGGUAAACACCCUCUUGUCUUGACGCUGUACUGUAUUUGUGAUUGAUUGAGUGACAUUCAUCCUUAUUAUCUGUUACUCAGGAGAGGGUCUUGUGCACAUAAUUUAAUAUAGUAAUUUAAUGUAUCUCUUCUGUCUCCCAUUCUUUACAUUCCCUGUCGCAUCUAGUUGGCCGUGUUUACAUCAGGUAAGUCAAUUGAUACCUAACUUAUUUUACACAACCACUGUCAUCAGCUGCCACCUGACCCUUUAGCAAUGGAUGUUUUACUGCUACUCUGAAUGUGUCAUGUAAUCUUACCCCCCCCCCCCCCCCCAAUGUUUAUGCAGUGGUUGGAGACCAGACCUAACAGACAGGUGUGUCCAGUGUGCAAGGCAGGCAUCAGUCAAGACAAAGUCAUCCCACUAUAUGGCAGGGGAAGCACAGGCCAGCAGGACCCACGGUGGGUUGAUGCACUCAAAACAUGAAAAAAAAGGAGCACAGUUUGCAUACAAUCUUCAGUUAUUUACUCUGAAUUCCACAUCCCAAACUACUGCUGUCAACAACUUGUCUCUCAUUUUUAUAGGGAGCGAACGCCUCCUCGACCACAAGGACAGAGGCCAGAGCCUGAAAAUCGUGGUGUAAGUACUGUGUAAUACAAGCACUAUCAUCACCAAGCAUUUACUCUCACUUUUCAGACUGUCCACAAUUAUUUAGCAAGGAUUUUGGUAAAGUUCAAUACAGAUGGUUCUACUGUGUAUCACCUGUGUUUGCAAUGUUGGCUGCUGUAUUGCACUACCCGUUCAUGAUGAAACUAUGACAUGGGAUGCUGUAGUGAAAACCUGCCCAUAGCUGAAUUCAUUAGCAGAAUUACCUGUCUCACUGGUACCUAUUAAGCACUGCCUGAAGAGUAAGAGGGCUCUCUAUUUGACCCCUUGAGAAUGACAAAACGUAGCACUAGCGAUUGCGUCACAUCAUCUCUCCCUCAACACCUGUUAGUCAAGUUUUUUGUACAUAUGGAAUAGUCAUGUUAUAACCCUGUCAGUGCAAUGUUAUUGGAAGGUCUCUUUCGUCCCAUCACAGGGAUUUCAGGGGUUCGGUUUUGGAGAUGGAGGAUUCCAGAUGUCUUUUGGCAUUGGUGCCUUUCCAUUUGGAAUUUUCGCUACAGCUUUUAACAUCAACGAUGGAAGACCACCCCCAGGUACUUUAGCUCUGCAGGUUGAGCAUUGUAACAAUGUUUCAUCAAAAAUGUAUUGUGAAUGGCCCCCUCUACCUAGAAAAGAAGUUGUUCACUCUCCACUGGUUACCCCACACAGCUGCCCCUGGGACCCCCCAGCACAUGGAUGAACAGUUCCUGUCUCAACUCUUUCUAUUUGUGGCUCUGGUGAUCAUGUUUUGGCUACUAAUUGCAUAAAUGUAUGGGCAGCCAGGACCAAGGCUCAAGUUGGACAGUUCUUAAUACUCUGUUUUCAGAUACUUGUUUGAUUUUGUCCUCUUGACUUGGCUAGCUAUUGGUUUAAUUUCAGUAAUUGAGAUUACAAACUGUGUGAUUACAUCUGUACUAUGAGUCCUACAGAAGUCUGAAAUAGUCUUAAAAUGGUCCUACCUCUUCAUUUCUAUCAAGGUUAUGUUUUUUUAAUAGACAUUAAGUGUACAUGGCUGGCAAUAUAGAACCAGAUAUUAAAAGAAAGAUGGCAAAUCAGUAAAUGUAAGGUACCAGAUAUACCCUCUGUGUUUGUAUGGAUAUAGAUUAUGAGUGGUAUGUCCUGUUUCUGAACUGAAUUUAUCAAUUCAGGAAGAGAUGUAUCAUUGGUGAUAACCUCCCGAGUGGCGCAGUGG